AUGGAUCGUCUUGCGCUUUUACAAUUCGCUAUACUUUUACUUGCUGUACCUUUGCAAUAUUUUAUUUUAACUAAAUGGUCUUUAAAAGAUAUUGAACAGACACAAGCGAUUAAUAAAAUCUCAAAUCAAAUUAAUCAAUUCUUACAUUAUUUAACACCAAAUACAUGGUUUAAUUGGUUUAUUAGUUUUGUUAUUGAAGUUCCACUUGGAUUUAAUCCACUUUUACAUAAACGUACAUGGCGACGCGGAGUUGAAUCACCUGCAACAGAAGUUUAUUAUAUGAGAGAAAAAUAUGGAUAUUUUGCCACUUCACCAAAUAUUCGAUCACCUAAAUCAGAAUUUGUUAAAUAUCGAGUUGGUCAAGUUAUUCGACAUAAACUCUAUGGUUAUCGUGCAGUAAUUGUUGGUUGGGAUGAAAUAGCUUCGGCACCAGAUGAAUGGCUUGAUGAACAUCAUCAAGGACAUCCAGAAUAUAGAACACAACCAAAUUAUUCUGUAUUACUUGAUACAAGAGAUCGACGGGCUCAUAAAACUUAUAUACCACAAGAACAUAUUGAAGUUAUUCAACAAACAAAAAUAGUCAAUGCUCAAAUUAGUGAUUAUUUCAAUCUCUUUGACGGUGCCCAAUAUAUAAUGCAACCAUGGUUACAAGAACAAUAUCCACAUGAUUAA